AUGGAAGACGCAGAGAGAGAUAGAGAAAUCUUUGGUCCACUUUUGAAUAUUACAGGCGAAUCUCUCCUACAGCUCGCAUUGAGGAUUGCCGUUGAUAUCUUGAAGACCCCAAGCUCAGGCGGUAAGCUUGUUGCGCGAAUCGCCGGAUCAUACAACAUCGUCCAUAUUGUCGAGUUGGAGAGCAUCAAGCUCAUGAUCCGCGUUCCUUGUACAGGAUGGGGCUCUGGCAUGACACCAACCGCGGCACAGGCCCUGGAAUCGCAGGUUGCUACGUUACGACUCAUUCGAGAGAAAACCAGCGCUCCAGUGCCAGAGGUCUAUGCCUUUGAUACAAUCCCAAACAACGAAAUCGGGGCGCCCUAUCUGUGCAUGAAUUUUAUACCCGGAUACACAGUGUCUGAGGUUUGGUUUGACCACUCAGCUCACUUGCCGCUGGAAGAGUUGCGCCUCAACAUCUUGACAAGCCUGGCACAAGCCAUGGCGCAGCUCUCCUGUUUGGCCUUUGACAGCAUGGGAUCUAUCAUGGAGCCUGAAUCUAGUUCGACAGCCAUUGGACCCAUGUAUGACUGGGACGAAAAGGAAGAUGGCAAGAUUCGGGUUACCGCGUCAGACCCAGUUGACUCUGUCUCUGGCUUUCUCCGGGACAGCUACUCGAGGGAGACGCUCCUCGACACCGUAUAUGGCAAGGCAAAAGCAAAGAUAAUGGAAGUUAUUAUGGGCUUCCUGUCAAUCUUCGAUUCUCCGCCUGGUUUUGUCCUAUGUCUUCCCGAUUUUGACUCGCAGAACGUCUUAGUGGAUGACCAAGGCGCUGUCACUGGACUGAUUGAUUGGGACCUCGUCCAGACAAUGCCACGAUGUAUGGGCUAUGCCAGAUACCCAGGAUGGAUCACGCGCGAUUGGGAUCCUCUGAUGUACGGCUGGCCGCACAUGCCCGACUCAGAGGAUUCUCCAGAGGCUUUACACCGAUACCGAGCACAUUAUAACGCAGAGAUCGGCAAGGCUCUCAAGUGGCAGGGAGACUGGAAGCUGACGGAAAAUUCGCACAUUGCAGAGGCUAUAUGGAUCUCCAUGUUAUACCCCAUGAAUCGCAUGGAGAUUUGUCGCAAGUUUGUUCAGGUUGCUCUGGGCGAUGGCAUUCAAGCAUUGGAUGUUCUCUAUGAAGUUGGGGCCGAUGAGUAUGGAGAAGAGGAUUGGAAUCUCUUGAGGGCUAGUUUGGAGCGGUUAAUCAGAUGGUAG